CUGCUCAGACCGGAAGUUUAGCUGUUGUUGUCACACUGGAAGAAAAUGGCUGCUGCUCCGACUUUUUUUCAAUGAAGACACUGAUAUUUCAAUCUCGUUUGGUUUCCUUGCGCCGGGGGCUACUCUCCACCGCUAUGCAACCUCCAAGGGUGUGAAUGGUCACUCUAGGAAGGUGACAGUGUGGGGCAGAGAGGACAGCAUCGGAAACUGUCACCCGCCUUGCAGCUGGCAGUGGACCACAAUGCAACAAGUUUUGGAAUAUGCAUUGGAUCGAGCCGAGUACAUUGUAGAAAGUGCUCGACAGCGACCGGCCAAAAGAAGAAUCUCAUCCGGCGGCAGGAAGAGUUUGUAUCAGAAGCUCCACGAGCUGUACAUUGAAGAAUGUGAAAAAGAACCAGAGUUAAAGAACUUGAGAAGAAAUGUGAAUCUCCUAGAAAAGCUGGUGUCUCAGGAGUCUGUAUCAUGUCUGGUGGUCAACCUGUACCCUGGGAACGAAGGCUAUUCGUUAAUGCUCAGGGGCAAAAAUGGAUCUGACUCUGAGACCAUCCGUCUGCCGUAUGAAGAAAGAGAACUUCUGGAGUACCUGGAUGCCGAGGAGUUGCCUCCCAUUCUGGUGGAUCUGUUGGAAAAAUCCCAGGUGAACAUCUUCCACUGUGGCUGCGUAAUAGUAGAGGUGAGAGACUACAGGCAAGCCGGUAACACAAAGAUUCCCACCUAUCAGAGCAGGCACGUUCUUCUGCGGCCGACCAUGCAGACUCUAAUCUGUGACGUACACGCCAUGACCAGUGACCACCACAAGUGGACGCAGGAUGAUAAAUUGCAGCUGGAGAGUCAGUUGAUUUUGGCCACAGCUGAACCUCUGUGCCUGGACCCCUCCAUCUCUGUUACUUGCACAGCCAACCGUCUGCUCUACAACAAACAGAAAAUGAACACUCGCUCCAUGAAACGGUGUUUUAAGAGGCACUCCCGGGCUGCUCUGAACAGGCAGCAGGAAUUGUCCCAUCUACCCGUGCCACCACAGCUACGACUCCUCGACUAUCUCCAGAAGAGAAAGGAAAGGAAAUUUGCUCCCGUCAAAGACCUAAAAAUCUCAAAGGUUGGAAACUGUGUCGACACGUGGAAGCAGAACAACUGCCAGCUAACUGUACCGAAGGAGAUCGAUGUGGAAAAGUACGCCGUGGUUGAGAAAUCUUUGCAGUUGGAAAACUCUCAGCCCACUACUGUGAUCUGGCCUGCUGAAGAAGUUAUAGACGACUACACAUUUGAAUGUGAGGUGGGGGGCCAAGCUCAGCGGACCAAGGUGUCCAUCUUCCAGUCGAUGGGAGACCCGCUGGUGUACGGGCGGAUCUACACAGCUAAAGAAGCGAAGGCAGAGGAGGACAGCGCCGAUCUAAAGCUAAUCCAUCCGACUUUCCUAAUAGGGUCAAAGAUCGAUGCAGAAAGGUUUCUCACUCAGUACAAAGGAGUCUAUGAAAAAGAUGUGAAGUGUGAGGUCAGGAUGUCCCAUAACUCAGGCAACGUGGGACAGGCGCCUCCUUCCCCCAGCAACGAUGAGGGUGAUGGUAUUUCUCCUCUGGUACAGACGUCUGUAUUAGGAAAAGGGGCGAAGCAUCGACCCCCUCCCAUAAAACUGCCUUCAGGAUCAGGCAGCAGCUCCUCAGCCAUCCAUCCAUCGACGCGUCGGUUAUCCAUUUGUAAUCCGUAUAGUUCGCAAACCACCAGUGGUCUACUAAAGUGUCCUACGCCGCCGCCUCCAGCCAAAAGCCAGUCUCUGAACAGGAAGCACUCCAUGGAGCUGGGCCAGGUGGGCCUGCUGUCACCUGCCUCCCUGUCUCCGUUGGGCUCCACGCAGAGGUCGGGAACCCCUAAGCCUUCUACUCCGACACCCACCAACACACCCUGCUCAACCCCCCACCCUACCGACUUGCUCUCCACCCCCCUCUCAGUGACCCCCACCCCUUCGGAUCCUGCCAUUGUGCAGGGCCAGUCGCAGGGUCCCCUGCUCACGCCUUUCGCCCAGCAGCAGUUGGCUCUCAGCCAGCCUCUACCUGUCAUGUCCAUCCCACUCCCCACCAUGGGGACAUCGAUCACCACCGGAUCCACGUCCUCACAAGUCAUGGCAAACCCGGCAGGGCUCAACUUCAUAAACGUGGUCAGCUCCGUCUGCAGUCCCCAGACUCUGAUGAGUGGCUCCAACCCCAUGCUGGGUCCAAGUCUUAAUCUGAGUGGAAUCCUGCCACCUGGAGGGUUGAUGUCCACCAUGCAGUCUGCAGCCCAGACUGGGAGUCCUUUUGGUUUGAACAACAGUGCUGGACUGAGGCCGCUGAACCUAUUACAGAUCCCCACUGGUUCUUACAUCUUUAACUCUCUGCAGCAGCAGCAGCAGCUGUCCCAGUUCUCCCCACAGCAGAGUCAGUCAGCUACGUCCAGUCCUCAACAGCAGGGGGAGACGAGAGACCAAGGAUCGGAUCAGAGUUUAGGAAACCAGCAAACGGCUGUCAUCAAUCUCGGGGUUGGAGGCUUCAUGCCUCCACAGACGGCAGUGCUGUCCCAGUUGGGCUGUGGGCUGGACGGGUCUGGGCCCUCGCUGCCUUCUCCAAGGCUUCAGCAGCAGCACCAGCCACAGAUUCAAUUGCAAUUCUUGCAGCACCAAAUGCAGCAGCAGCAAAUGGCUAUGGGAGCAGCGGUUCCUCAGGCGGGAGCGCCGCGGCAUCAUACCGGCAGUCAGCCAAGAAGUAAGAGGAAGAGGAGCACGCCGCAGCCCCUGCCGAAGUCCUAACGGACUGAACCCGGACACCUUCUCCCCACAAACACACGAGGACAGGAUUGAUCUAUACUGUGCUGUCUUGUCUGCCUCACUUUUAAAGGCAGCAGACAAAACAACAGACUCGUUUAUGCUUUUUUUUCUAGCAGACACAUUUGUACGUAUUGAUUCGUUAGAAGUUUUGGAAAACCAAAAUGUUGUCCACUGUGGAGGAUCAGGUUUUUACAACAGGGAGCCCCUAAAUUUGCCUAGUGAGAUGGUCCUGACGACGAUGGAUGGGUCUGGUAGGCAACGGGCUUCCAGUUACAUUUGUCUGUUAGGAAGACUUUAUUUUGUUUUUUUAUCCUUUUGCGAGGACUAAGAGGAUCCUGAAUGCACAGUCUCCGAAGGAUUAUGCACGGGGCCGUCGGAUCCUUCCGAGUCUUCUUUGCCGAACCCCAAACCCCCCCCCAUAGAUACUGCCCUUUAAGCACAGAUCCAAGCUGAGCUUAUAUUGACACCAAAUCCUCCAUGUAACCAAUCAUGACUUUGUGAAAAUGCAAAUCUGAUUUUUGGGAGUAUUGCCUGGGGGCAGCUGUCUACCUCUCAGCCUGUUGGAAGUCUUUCUUCUGUCGGCGGUUCCAGCGACAGGACUCGCACCAGGACUCAAGAUCAACAUGCAAGACGGUGUACUUUUUGUACAGCAUAUUUUUAAAAGGGUAUCGCCUUUUAAUAAGCCCAGGAGCCAUGAGCGUAUUCUUUACGUGACAUCAGCCGAGUGCGCGCGAGGCGUCUCUGGACACUGAGAAAUAAUUUUCUAAGCAGUCUUUGUCAUCCGUUUUAUUGUUAUUAAAAAGAAUAUAUAUUGACAGUGGAAAAUACAGCUUUGAGAUAAAAACAAAAAA